CUGUGUCAUUAGUGAAUCGAUAGCUUGUAAACUCUAUCAGAAAAAUGCUGCAGUAGAAAAGACCAAAACCUACAUUGUUGUGUUAGUAAAUAAUCUAAAUGGAAUCCCAAAAUAAUAAAAUGGCGGUCACGGAGGAAGCUUUUCCAUCAGUCCGCAAAGAAUGUGGAAAGAGAGGACGGAAGCCCGGAAGAAAAACAUCGACCGAAAAAAUAGAUAUAAAGGCCAAACUUGAACGUAGCAGGCAAAGUGCUCGGGAAUGCCGGGCCCGUAAAAAACUACGCUAUCAGUACCUUGAGGAGCUAGUUGCAGAUCGUGAAAAGGCCGUCGUUGCAUUGCGGGCUGAACUGGAACGUGUUGUACAUACUCUGGAGUAGACAAUUGAAUGAACAUGUCUCAACACCCAACACUGACCAGUUCCUGAAAGAAAUCGGAAUUAUUAAAGAAGAAUAAGUCAUGUUAAUCUAUAAUUAGAACUAUAAGCACAUAAAUAUUUUUCUUUCUUAAUUUAAUUAAACGCCCUUGCAGGAUAUUAUUAAUUUGGUUAUAUUUUUGUAUCGAAUAGAGUGAAGCGGCUCUAUCACAAUGAACUUUGGUAAAUACAUAUAUUAUAGCACUGGAAAUACAAAUAUACUAGAGCCCUGCAUGACGCUGAUUCUAACUGACCCAACGAAACGAAUACUGAAUCCAUUCGGUUGCCUGUUCAUACUAGGCUCUAAUACAUAUGUACCUCAGGCAAGAUUACUAAAAAAAAACAGUAGACUAUAUUUAACUAUAUGGAAUAAGUAUGUUGAUGUGCAUCAUGAAAUAAAUUUUAAAAA